AAUGUCCAGAGACGGACAGAGCUCAUCGCUGAGGCUGCUAAGAUGGGGGAGUGGUCUUUCCUGUCCCAGCUGUUGGACAAGGUCCAGUCCCAUUCUACCGUGUUCGGAAAGGUGUGGAUGAUCAUCCUCUUCCUCUUUCGGAUCUUCAUCCUUGCUGCUGGUGUGGAGAAAGUGUGGAAAGACGAACAGAGUAGCUUUAAAUGCAACACAGAAACUGUGGGAUGCAGGAAUUUAUGCUACGAUCACAGUUUCCCAAUAUCCCACACACGGUUCUGGGUCCUGCAGAUCCUCACGGUGUCGACGCCAACACUGGUCUACCUGGGACACGUUCUAAUAGUGAUCCGCAGGGAGAACAAACUGAGGAGGAAACAGAAACUAAAGGGGGACCACAUGUCUUUAGUUAAACUACCAAAGUAUACAGAUGAAAGAGGGAAAGUCCAGCUCAAGGGGGUCCUCAUGGUGAGUUACGUGAUCCAGCUGGUGGUGAAGAUCCUCCUGGAGGUGGCCUUCAUCACAGGCCACUUCUAUGUGUACGGCUUCUUCCUGAUGCCUAAAAAGGUGUCCUGCGAUCAAUACCCGUGUCGACACAUAAACCACUGCUUCAUCAGUCGGCCCACAGAGAAGAGCAUCUUCAUCCUCUUUAUGGUAGCGAUGGCGGGCCUUUCUGUGAUCCUCAACAUUGUGGAGCUGCUGCACCUUGUGGUCUCAAAGGCGAGGCAGAGGAGGAGGAGGAAGAGCAGCUUGGAGCCAGUAGAGCUCAACCUGCUCAACAAGCCGAGCUUUGUAUCAUCUGGAAAACUGUUGUCGUGACGAGAAGAACGACCAAGCAGAUCUUGACUUCAACUCCAUUAAUCUGCUGCUCUGAGAACACCAACUGUCUUUGUAGUGCACAAACCGAGAUGCCACAUAGAUCCUAAUCUGCUCAAAAGAAAAAGAAGCAACAAACCUGAUGCUACAUUCACACCAGGCAUGUGAUGCCCGUUCAUGAAUAUAUUCUUGAACGUGCAUGUAGCCCACAGUGUUCGAACUGGACGAGCAGGGAGGAGCGUUUUUUUCUUUUUCUACUGUUUUUUAGCGGAUGUCUCCGACUACCCCCCCUUUCUGUCUCAGAUCUAUAUGUAUCUAUGAUCUAUAUGUACUUUUACUUGAAGCCUCCCUAGUGCUUACUUGAUGAACUUACCACUUUUGCUUUUAAACCUGCUUCGAACAGGAAGUCAUGCUGUCUCAUUUACGAUGCCCAAAAUUCCUUUUGGCCAGCUGCUAGGUGUGUGCAAGUUUGUUUAGUUUUUGAGCAUGGGGUCAGAUUUUCGCUCAAAGGGGCAGACAGAAAAAAGCAACGUAAUAAUGAAAUAUUCUGAUUACAAUAAAGACGUUUUUGCAGCCGUA